AAGUAGAAUAAAUAAGUGUUUUACAUGAGACGAAGUAACGAGGUCAAAGUUCAUUCUAGAUAACUACCGGAUCAAACAAACAUCGAUCGGUCCACCGGCUUUCUAGUGACUGAGUGAUGGAUACAUUAUUAUUGGGCAUUUUUAUAUGCUUACUCUUUACAAUUCUUUUAAUCUGUUUUGUUUAUUUGAGACCAAGAAAGGAAGAGAACAUACAAAAUUUUUCAUCAAGAUAUCCACACGACAAAGACAAGAGUAUAGAGAAGGUACAUUAUGAUGUGGCCAUUGUUGGAGCAGGUCCAGCUGGAGCCACAUGUGGUUACUUCCUUGGUAAACUAGGUUGGAAGUGUUUGUUAUUGGAGAAGAAGAAGUUCCCACGAGACAAAUAUUGUGGAGAUGCAGUGUGUAAGACCGCCAUAGAGAUCCUUAUAGAAAUGGGCCUGUAUGACCAACUCCUUAAGGACAAGAAGGCUCAUGUUGCAGACAGUGGAGGCCUGUGUAGCCCUGGAGGCCUAAGUUAUAUUGGUCGUAGUAAGGAAGGGCUGGGAGACAUACCUGCUGCUAUUGCCUGUAAACGCAUACACCUGGACGAGGCUAUCGCCAAGGCAGCUAGAAGGAUAGGAGCAGACCUGAGGGAAGAAUGGCCAGUGGCUGAAGCCAAGUUUGACCAGGAGACUGGACUGUGGACAAUUUAUAAAGAAGGCAGCACAACAACAUUUAAAUCAAGGGUGUUGGUCUGUGCUGAUGGUGCUCCAUCACGCCUUGGCACACAGCUAGGACUCAUCACCCGCCCCCCAGACAGUAACUGUUCCCGAGCCUAUGUGGAAGGGGGUACCCACAAGUUCAAAGCUGACGGUGUAGUUUUCUACAACAAGGGCAUGCUUCCAGGUUAUUCUGCACUAUUCCGACACCCUAACGAUGUGCUGAAUUACUGUGUGUACAUCAUACCAGGAAACCCUAAGGUCACCCCUGACGACCUUACGUAUUGGCACAACAACCUUAUGAAGAAUGACCCCAAUAUCAGCCGAGCACUCGGUGAUAACUUUAAAAUUGAGAGAAUGAGAGCUGCGAGCCUGAGACUUGGAGGGGAGAAAGUGUCAUAUGGUGACCAUGUCCUCAUUGUGGGAGAUGCUGCAGGAAUGAUCGACCCUAUGACAGGGGAAGGAAUUCACCAUGCCAUGGAAGGUGGCAAAAUGGCUGCCAUGUUUUUAGAUGAAACUUUGAAUCAUGGCAGCUAUGGAAAAGAUGUAAUGAAGAUUUAUCAUCAGAGAUGGAUGAACAAGUUUGGGUUUGACUUUCGGUGGUCCAUGGCGUUUUGUCAGUUGACGUACCGAUUCCCUAUAUUACUGGAUGCUGCCACAGCAGCUGUGAUGCGUAAAGGGGACAAGUUCCUGUUAAAAUGGACAGACAUCAUGACAGGUCGGGUCCCAAAGAUUCAUAUGCUGAAACCUGAAUUCACACUGACUAUAACCUUUGAACUUAUUCGCCUCUGUGUCUUAAGAUUGUUUGGAAUGUCAGUUGGAAAACAAAAGAAAUCAAGCUAAAACAUUCCAGAGACUUACUUGUGAUGUCAGCCUAUUGUUGUUUGUGAAGUUACAUUCAGUUUGAUAGAGUUAUUACAAGUGUUAUAGUGUAGCUACACUGUUGUUUGUGAAGUUACAAUUAAUACAGUGUAUUGCAAAUGUUAUAGUGUAGCUACACUGUUUGUGAAGUUACAUUCAUUUGAUACAGUGUAUUACAAAUGGUUUUUUAAUAGUGUGGCUACACUGUUGUUUGUGAAGUUACAUUGAUACAGUGUAUUACAUAUGCUGUGGUGUAGUUACACUGUUGUUUGUGAAGUUACAUUGAUACAAUGUAUUACAAAUGUUAUAGUGUAUAGCUACACUGUUUGUGAAAUUACAAUGAUACAGUGUAUUACAAAUGUUAUAGUGUGACUACACUGUUUGUGAAAUUACAAUGAUACAGUGUAUUACAAAUGUUAUUAGUGUAUCUACAUUGUUUGUGAAGUUACAUUGAUACACUGGCUACUCUGCAUAAUUACAUGUAAUUGAAUACAUUAUCCAAGAUACACUGUACUUUUCUAUGAAAACCUUUUAUACUACAAAUGCUGGGGCAUCAACCUGCAGUGUUCAAAUCUCCAGACAUGCUCACGAUCCAAUCGAAAUAACAAUGAGGGUCUUUGUAUAAAAUGUCCUUUGUAUCCAUUUAAUAUGAUAAUCAAUUUGUAUCUACAUGAUAUACUGUGCUGUUUAAACAGUAUAAUUGAAUUUAUUAAUUUUGCUUUUAAAUAUGAAUUUUAUAGAUUUCAAUUUUGAUAUGAUAAAAAUCAGAGGAUUUCAGAUGCCAGGAUUUGACACAUGAAUUGUAUACUCAAGAGUUUAUACUCCAUCCAGACACGCAAGGUAUAUAAUACUAUGCACUUAUUUGAUUAUUCAAAUGUACAUGCUGUAUAAAUAUGAUGACCAUUAAUUUAUUUUAAAAACAUAAACGUUGAUCACUACACAUCUAUAUAAUUGGAUGUUGUUGAUAUGUAGUCUGUUGAGAUGAGUGCCAAAUUAGUUAGUUAGUACCAAUUCUAUACUAGACAUUUGCUUAGAAUAUUAAGUAAAAUAAAUGAUGUGAACAACAGUCAGUUUUAACCAAUAGGUGUAAUAAUUACACUGUCUAGUACAAAACUAGUGUCCUGCAUGAUAAUUGUCGUUUUAAAUGUCAUGUUGAUAUGAACAUUAUCAAGUUAAAUCCCACAAUUUUGUUGGACCACACUCGUUCCUACAUAGAAAACCAUUAGUACACAACCAAUACAUCAAACGUAAUUUAUACACAAUUGACGUGAUAUGUAGCCUGAGCAAAACUAGGAUCUGUUUAGGAACAAGUGCAUAGCUGCUUUACCAAAAUAUAUGUUGAUAGUAUUUGUUUAUACCAAGUAGUGCUAUGAUGUAAAUGCAGUCAUUGCUGCCCUAAAGGCCAUCUCUAUAUAUAACUAAAACAGUUUAUAAUGGUUAUAAAGGCCUGUAUGUUAAGAUCAUGUCAGUUCCUAAUAAGUAACUUAAUUUAUUGGAUAUUGAGUGGCCUUUAAGGACAAGUUUGACCGUAACUUUUGAACAUUGGUAUUUGUGUAUUGGAUAUACAUGUACAUGUUUACU